GAGAACCUCUUAAUUCGCAGUCUCCAACAACAAUUAAGGUGAGUGUUCCUAGACUUGCAAGAGGCUUCAUGGACUCCUGCCAAGUGUAUGUGCAGGGUCUGGAUGAGUGAUCCACGAUCUUCCUGGUGCUGGGUGAUGCAUUAGAGAUUGCCAUCAGCUACCAGUGCCCAUCCAGGAGACAUUGUUUCCCCAUCAACAUUCUUCCCUAAUUCAGGUAGCCAGCUACCACAGAACGCUUGUAACAAUGCAGGUGAGCUGUGCAAGGAAACGCCACCCUGGAUCUGGCCUUGGGGUGAGUUUGAGGCUUGGGGAGCCAGGAGGGUGUCAUUACUGAGAGUCUGGACAUUUCUUGAAGUUUUUCCAUUCCCAGGACAGCUGGUGACCAUGAGUAAGGCCAUGACCCUUCAGCAAUGUGUGACACCAGUGAGGGGUAGCAGCUCUUCAUUCUCUGCUCUCUGCAAUCUGUCACAACAAACAAGACAUGGAAGGAGUGUCAUAAUGCUCCAGAUCAUGAAGUGUUCCUGAGAAAGCACUGGUGUGAUGCUUGGAGAGGAGUCAUGAGCAGCAGAGAACACUGGGCCGGUCACAGUCAGCCCAUCUGUGACAUCAUCCUCCACAGUUCAGUUAUGCACAGGAGAUGUCUCUCCCAAUGUUCCACUGACCUCUGCAGACAUCAGGGGCACCUGCAGCUCCACUUUCCACUUCUUGUCACUGAUGUCUUCUGCUUACCAUAGCCAUGGAUCCAUUCACUCAGAUUUCAUGGUUUGGUGAUGCCCUCCUUUCAGGGGUGCAGCGGGGACUCCUGCAGAGGGCAGCCUCCAACUAGCAGUCAGCAAGAGGGCCAGGGGCACAAGAGCCACAGGGGCAGACAACACACUGUAAUAUCACUGGGUGCUGGAGGUACUGUCAGAACCUGGGCCAGCCUGUGGAAACAAGCACACAUGGCCACAGGGAAGGAGUGGAGCUGCCCCAUCUGCUUCGAUGUACCAGAUGACAUCGCUUACGCAAUGCCCUGUGGCCACCAAUUCUGCCUUGGCUGCAUCCUGCGUUGGACAGAAAGAAAUCCUGCCUGCCCACUCUGCAGAAGUUCCAUCUUGACAGUGAAGUUUUCUGAUCGUGGUGGAGAUGACUACCUACACUGUAUCAUCACACCUCCUGGAGGGUUGCCAGAGACCAGCAGCCAGGCAGCAGAACCUCCUAGAGGCCAGGCUGAAAGCAGACCCCUUGGCCCUGCAGAUUCCCUUGAUUCUUCUCCACAAGAAGAAACAACCCCUGCUGAACAGCAGGCUGCAGGACCAGAGGCUGUGGGUGGCAUCCUGCCCGAGCUUUGGGCAGAACUUUUCCGAAGACGACGGAACCUCCUGGACCCUGUGCGUCCGUGGCUGCGCCAGGGGCUGGAGAUAAUAUAUGGGGGCAAGUGGUAUCAAGUGAAGAGUGCAGAGAGUGGCAUCGUGCUUGCACUCUGUGUCUAUGGUCCAGACAGGGAAGUCUUGAUCCAGAGAUUACAGCCCCGUCUCCAGCAAUACACUACACCACUGGUCCAUGGCAUCCUCAACAUCAUUGAGAACCAGUGCAGUGAGGAGGUUUGGAGGCUGCGGCACUCUCCUCACACUGGCAGGGAGGAGGAUGAGAUCCCUGCUGCCAGCUCUGAUCCCCCUGCUCCCCAGGAGGGUGCUCUCACCAUCAGCCAGGCCUCAUCCAGUGGCAUCGCAAAUUUCAACACUGAGGAGGAAGCCAGAACAUCAGACACUGCCCUCCAUGGACAUCCCAGCCACACCCCAUCUGUGUCUAUCCCUGCAGAGCAGGAAGAGGUGGGGGAGACAAGAGUGGCUGCAGGUUCCUUUGCUCCUGGCCAUGACAGUGACCAUGCACCUGCGACAUCCCGGUGCCGCCGAAAGAGGAGGUCUCCUAGGUCACCUGAUGCCUCCCACUCCAGAAAGAGGCAGCGCCAUGAUCAGCUCUAGAAGGGCAAGAGCAAGCCUUUACUCAAGAAAAAGGAAAUAAAUGGCU